GAACAAUUUGCCAGACCUCCGAAGCACAGCAGAGGACCUUUCCAAGUUCGAGCUUGAUGAGAAGCUGCUGAGCCCCCUGAUCAAGCAGCAGACCGUUCAGGGUGUCCCGGUGAACUUUCUCCACAUCGUGGCCGGCCGCGACGCCUUCCCUGGCAUCACGGACCGAACCUUGUUCUAUAACACUGACUCCGAGCUGGAGAAGAUCUUGAAGCAGUGCCAGCAAGUCUUCGCCAAGCAGGCUGAGCUGCUGAAGUCAGCCGGCGUGGGCGAGAUCUUCGUUGCCCUGCCCCAGCCUCCUCGCCACCCACGCUUCGUGAAAUUCAGCUUGGACCCCACUACGGAGGAGUGGUCUGAGAGCGAGCUGUCCAGGGACCUCUGGCCAUCCUUCACGGGCUUGCUGGAGCUGAGAUCGCUCCAGCGACUCUACACCCUCCAGCGUAUCCACAAGGAGGUGCGCCCGACCUCGCAUAUCUACUUGGCCACGCCUCCCAUGAUCAGCGGCAAGGCCUCUACGUCAGAGCUUUUGAUGAGGGCCCUCUUCCUUUCAGUCAGCAAGGAGUCCUUCGGCCAAAGCUUGACGGACAGCCUGGACCUUGCCUUGGAGGAGGUCGAGCACGCCAUGCUGGAUCCCCGUGUGGCCAAGCUGGGCCCGUCCGUCAUCAGCAGAAUCUUCGUGCACUUCGUGGGGGAGCUGGACAUGGAGCUUGGAGAGUUGGAGCAACGCUUCACCGACACCAUCAGCAGCCAUGUGGGCCUCCGAGGCUCUGACAUCAUCAAGCUCUGCGUAGAUGAGAUUGAGGUGAAGGUGCACCGCAAGGCAGGAUCGGCCAUUGAGACUCUCCGUCUCUCCUUGUCCUCCCUGGGCGGCGGCUUCUUGAAGCCUAAGAUGCUGAGGGAGUUCCCAGACCCCGUCACUGGCUUCCCGCUCCGCUGGGAGGCGGCUAAGGAAGGUGCAGCUCUCAGCCCACUCGAGCAUCCGCAUGUGGCCGACCGGGCUGCCUUGAGUCGCUAUCAGGCCAAGCGUGUGGCAGCCCGUCGUGCAGGCUCCACGUAUGCUUUCGACUUGCCCGGAAUGCUGCAGAUGGCGCUAACCAUGAAGUGGAUCACGAGCACAGGUUCGAGCGUCAGUUCCCCAAGAGAGGGGCGUCAAGGGGGCGGUGCCAGAAAGCGCAGCCCUUCACCUCGUGGUCGUGGCAGCAUGACCGUGCCUUCAAAGAUUCCGGAGGGCGUCCCCAAGAACCCCCUGACUGCUGUGGAGUUGGUGAUGGACUGGUCCAAGAUGGAGCUCAUAGAGACAGAGCGCCCGGAGGGUUCCAACGAUGUUGGGAUGUUGGCAUGGAAGCUGACCAUGAAGACCCCAGAGUACCCAGAAGGUAGGGUUGUGAUUCUCAUCGCGAACGAUGUGACCUUCCAGGCAGGCUCCUUCGGAGUACGCGAGGACCGACCUGAAAUCACGCCUACAUGUGACAGCAUCUACAUACCCAACCGUCAAGCCUCAGAGCACCCAGAAGUUCCUCAGGACCAGUUCUUCCAGAAGGCCUCCGAGCAUGCCAGAAAGCUGGGACUCCCCCGCGUUUACGUGUCCUGCAACAGCGGCGCCCGCGUUGGGCUUGUGGAGGAGCUGAAGCCCUUGUACAAGAUCCAGUGGUGGGAUCCUUCAGAUUGCGGCAAAGGCUUCGAGUACCUCUACCUGACCAAGGACGACUACGAGAAGCUGCCUGCAGGCACAGUGGAGGCACGCAAGGUCUCCGAAGGCGGCGAGGAGCGAUACAUCCUGGAUGCCAUCAUCGGCGAGGGACUCAAGAGCACGGAGGGCGGCAUUGGAGUUGAGAAUCUCCAGGGCAGCGGCCUCAUCGCUGGCGAGACCAGCAGGGCGUACCAGGAGACCUUUACGCUCUCCUACAUCACAGGCCGCUCUGUGGGUAUCGGCGCAUACCUGAACCUCGGGAACCGCUUGGGUCAGCGAAAUAUCCAGAUGGUCAGCAGCCCCAUGAUCCUCACAGGGUUCUCCGCCUUAAACAAGCUCUUGGGCAAGAACGUGUACUCCUCGCAAGACCAGCUGGGAGGCCCACAGAUCAUGGUGCCUAACGGUGUGACGCACCAGGUGGUGAGAGACGACCAGGAGGGUAUGUCCGCAAUCCUGGACUGGCUGUCCUACGUCCCCAAGGAUGUCUCCUGCCUGCCGCCAGUUUGCCAGCCGUCGGGCAGCGACCCUUGGGACCGCGAUGUGGAGUUCGAGCCCUCGCUGCUUCCCUACGAUCCCCGAGACUUCCUGCGCGGCGUGAUCGACCACGACGGGUCUCGCAAGCGCGGCUUCUUUGACGCUGGCUCCUGGACGGAGUACCUCGAGGGAUGGGGCAGAACCGUCAUCGUUGGCCGUGCCCGCCUGGGAGGCAUGCCUAUGGGCGUGAUUGCGGUGGAGACGCGCAGUGUGGAGCGCCUGGUCCCAGCCGACCCUUCCAACCCUGCCAGCUGCGAAGUGAAGGAGGUGAAUGGCGGAAAGGUGUGGUUCCCCGACAGUGCCUUCAAGACGGCGCAGGCGCUGAAGGAUUUCAACCGCGGUGAGAACUUGCCCGUCAUCAUUUUCGCUAACUGGCGUGGUUUCUCUGGCGGAACCAGGGACAUGUACAACGAGAUCCUGAAGUUCGGAGCUAUGAUCGUGGAUGCCUUGGUGGAGUACGAGCACCCCAUCUUCAUCUACAUCCCGAAGCAUGGCGAGCUUCGGGGCGGCGCCUGGGUGGUCAUCGAUCCUGCCAUCAACCCAGACAAGAUGGAGAUGUAUGCAGAUGUGGAUGCCCGCGGCGGCAUCCUGGAGCCCCCAGGUAUUGUGGAGGUGAAGUACCGAGCCCCGCAGCAGCUGGAGGCCAUGCACCGCAUCGACGCCAAGCUCAAAGAACUGGAUGCCAAGCUCGAGGGCAGCCAAGGUGCCCAGAAGGCGGAGGUGGAGAAGGACAUCAAGGCGCGCGAGAAGCAGCUUCUUCCGCUGUACACCUCCGUGGCCACCACCUUCGCCGACCUCCACGACCGCGCUGGGCGCAUGAAGGCCAAGAACGUCGUUCGGGACAGCGUUUGCUGGAAGGACUCCCGCCGAUACUUCUUCUGGCGCGUGAAGAGGAGGGUCCUGCAGGACCACAUGAUCAAGC